AUGGGCAAAGCCGGCCGAAUAGCCUGCAUAACCAUCCCCUGGGCCCUGACAGUAGCCUCCUUCCUCUGCCUCAUCCUAAUCGAGACCUCGGGCUGGACCAACACGACCUCAACAUCGCAAUUCUACUUCCUCCAAGCCGACUUCCGCAACCUCUCCACCGCCUCCGCCUCCAACCUCGCCAACACCACCACCCUGACCGCCGCCCUCGAACUCGCCCAAUCUGAAAACCAACUAGCGAAACUCUACCAGAUCCAUCUGUGGAAUUACUGCAGCAGUAGCAAGACCGAUGGAAGCAUAGAUUUCUGUUCGAAGAAGGAGAGUCAAUUCGUCUUUGAUCCCUUAAGUGUCUGGGGUCUGAACGGGACGAAUGCCACAUCCUCUUCCUCCGACAGCGCGGCGGCGAAUAAUGUCGUCCAAUCCGAGAUCAAUCAGGCAAAGGAUAGUGCGGAGGGGUUGGAGAAUAAACUGCUAGGCAAGAGUGGGAAAGCGGCUCUGGACACCUACAGACACGUGGCGAAGUGGAUGUUCAUCGCAUACGAAAUCUCCUUCUGGACGACGUUGGCGACGAUUGUGUGUGGCAUCCUCGCCAUCUUCAGUCGAUGGGGCAGUUUCUUCACCUGGUUGUUUAGUAUCGCCUCCACCUUCUUCACCUUCGCCUCCGUCCUAACCAGCACCAUCCUCUUCGGCACCCUAACCGGCGCCCUCGAAGCCCUCCUGCACCCCUACAACAUCAAAUUAUCCCUAGGCACACACUCCCUAAUCCUAAACUGGCUCUCCGUCGCCUUCUCCCUCGGCGCCACGGCCUUCUGGCUCCUAAGCAUCUGCUGCUGUUCCGGGCGCUCGAACCCACAUCAUCGGAGCAAUAAGGGCGGGUUGUGGAAUGCGGAGCCCAAGGGGCAGGGGUAUGGGGAUUAUAAUGCUGGAAGUGGAAGGGGAAGGGGGUUGAGGGUGGAGAAGACGGGGGGUGGGUAUGAGAGGGUUUCGUCCCCGUAUCUCGGGGAUGGUGGUGGUGGUGGUGGGGGGGAGGGGGAUCGGGUGCCGUUGCAGCCGUAUCCCCAGCAGCAGCAGCAGCAAGGGGGGCAUUAUAGGCAGCAGAGUGGCGCUUUUGAGCCUUAUAGACAUCACUGA